AUGCAACCUGAUCAUCAGGAUAAACGGAAAUACCACACGACUACGCUACCUGCAAGGGUUGUUGUAUUUGCGGGAAUCACUCAUUUAAUUUUCUCUUUGGGUUUCCGAAUUAGUGUUACUUCUCUUUUUGAGCUAAUCAACUUAUUCAUUAAUUUCAUCAUCACACAUAUUUGUCCACAAAUCUCACUUGGAGUUACUUGUAUCAGUGUUUGA